UCAUGAGAUAUAUAUGCAUGACAAUAUAAGGUGAUCAAUAUCUGUAAACAGAAAAAAGUCAGAUAUGCAGGAUACGCUGCUGCUGAACACAGAGGGCAUCAAAAAAACCAUCCUGCAUGGAGGGACUGGAGAAAUCCCAAAAUUCAUCACUGGUGCAAAGGUGACGUUUCACUUCCGCACCCAGUUGUGUGAUGACGAUCGUACGGUGAUAGAUGACAGCAAGGUGGUCGGGACGCCCAUGGAGAUGGUGAUCGGCAACAUGUUUAAACUGGACAUCUGGGAGACCCUGCUGUCCUCUAUGAGGAUCGGUGAGGUGGCCGAGUUCUGGUGUGACACCAUUCACACCGGUAUUUAUCCAAUAGUGGCCAAGAGCAUGAGACGCAUUGCAGAGGGAAAAGACCCAGUCGACUGGCAUAUCCAUACAUGCGGUAUGGCCAACAUGUUUGCCUACCAUAGCCUUGGCUACGACGACCUGGAUGAGCUGAUGAAAGAACCAAAGCCCCUCUACUUUGUCCUGGAGCUGAUCAGGGUGCACCAACCCAGUGAGUACAACAGGGAGUCGUGGGCUCUGAGUGAUGAGGAGAGGCUGAAGGUCGUGCCCGUGCUGCACGGUCAGGGAAACAAGCUGUAUAAGUCGGGACGCUAUCAAGAGGCCACGCAAAAAUACAAGGAGGCCAUCAUCUGCAUCAAGAACGUUCAGACCAAGGAGAAAGCAUGGGACGUCCCAUGGCUGAAGCUGGAGAAGAUGGCCAACACCUUAACACUCAACUACUGCCAGUGUCUCCUGUGCAUGGAGGAGUACUACGAGGUCAUCGAGCACACCAGUGAUAUAAUCAAUCAGCACCCAGGGGUAGUAAAGGCCUUCUACCUGCGUGGGAAGGCCCACAUGGAGGUUUGGAAUGAGGCGGAGGCUCGGCAGGACUUCAGCAGGGUGCUGGACCUCAACCCGGGCAUGAAAAAAGCCGUCAAGAAGGACCUGGCUGUGCUUAACAUGCGUAUGGAAGAGAAGAACCAGGAGGAUAAGAACAAGUACAAGGGCAUGUUUUGAAGAAGCUGCUGCAAGAUCGAUUGCAGCUAAGGCUGGAGAAUCAGUGUGGUGAUGGGCUAAAGAAGAAUCAAGUCGUUAAAUAUCACCAUGCUUAGUUUUACCUUUAACCACCACACCUGACUCCCUGCAUAGACUUCCACAAGGGCUGUGAGACACUCAGGAGUGUGAAAGACGUAUGAACUUGUCUUUCUUUUCCCUCCAAACCAUGGCCGAGUGCUGAACAAAGACAGAACCAGUGGUUUAGUAGUUUAGUAAGGCCCAAAGAGGUACCUAAAUGCUAGG